AUGCAGACGCCACUAAACAAGGCUUCUGCCCACGAGAAAGGCGACGAAGCCGACGACAGCCCUUCCCCUCCCCGCCCACCCCCAAACGCCGACAGAUCCUACGGAGACAUCGGCGGUAUCGCGAUGAAUCUCUCCUCUCUCUCCCCUCCAGUCCCAGCCCGAUCUCCUCCAGCAGGGACACAGCCCAGCCCCACCGGCCUCUGCAUCUCCCCCUCUGAGACUGCAUUGUAUACUCCUCGCCCUCCCACACUCGCCUCGGGCCGGGCCUCGUCCGAUACCGCACCGCACCGCCCUCCUCUUCCCCAAACCACAGCCACUGCAACAGCCGCGCAUACCGCGCCGUCUACCACCGCACCCCGCAACUGCGCAAUGAACCGCCGCACCAGCACUGUCGUGACUACUCUUCGCCCUGGCCUAGUUGCCCCGCGCCUUGAAUAG